AUGCAGAACGCCUACGUCGUCAGAUUUCCCCCACUUGAUAGCGAAGACUUUGAUAUCCCUGCACUGUCCACAUCUAUAUCAGCGAACGAUGCCUGGUUAAACGUGAAUUUUUAUUCAGAGGGUCGUUAUGGACGCACCACUUUGAACACAGUCGAGAUGGCGCCAAAUAUCAGAAUGUUCCCGAGUGUUGCAUCAAGCCAUGCCGGUGAGGAGGCUUCUCAGGACUCAUCGGCCUCCACGCAUCACACUCCACGGGGAUCUGGGAGCUUGUCGUACGCAGGGUUUGUACAUGACGAAUAUUACUUGAGCGGGGAAGAGAAUUUGUCUAUCAACGGUCAGACCAAUAACGAAGCGCUUGACAUGUCGUCUCCUGAGUUGUUACCUACCAAUAACGUCCGCCCAGAUGCCCAUAUUUCUGUAUUGGUCGGUCAUGAAGGCUCUGAGGAUACCACAUAUCCAACCAAUACAUCGAUCGAAUUCAUAUCAACUUCGGACCCUCUGUCCCAGAGCGAUCCCAUGGACAGCCUACUUUCGUAUGUCCUGUCCACAGGAACAAUCGAUCCUGCUUUGCUGGCGAAACCAAUGCCAUCAUCACAUAGCAAGCGUGAACACGAUAUGCCACGAAGUCAGGCGGGCGUCACAUUGUCCAGUGGAACAGAGAACAGAGGGGGGUCAUGCACUUGGGUACACAAGCCAGUGCAGAGCGUGAUCGACUAUCAAGAUAUGCGUGCAAAUAGUUUCCGUCAUGGAUCUGGAGAGACGGAAAUAUCGGAAAAUUACACGUUCCAGCACCAGGAACACCGCCCAAGGUACAGCUCCAGGGAAUCCCUGUUGAGCAGAUACCGAAUACGGAAUCUGAACCUCAUGAUGCUUGAAGGGGGCCCAUCUGGCUGGCUCGGAGCCAUCAUAUGGAAGUAUCCGGAGUUCAGCGCCAUGAAAGCGCCAAUAGAGAGAACAGAGCAGCGGGAAGAGAAACACGCACUAGAACACGGAGGACUACUAAAAAAGUACAAGACCGAUUGA